AGCACGCACAUAUUAUAUAUAUAUGAAAACAUGUAACACGAAGAAAACAAUAGCAUAGCCAUCACUUCUCAUCACUGCCAAAACCGUACCGUACAGAGAUUUCAUUACAUUUUAAAAAAAAAAUUAUUCUCAGGAAAUUUCCUGAAUCACAACAAGCAUCUAAAAUUCUUUACUUUCUCCCUCUAGAAUUCCUGUAGAAUGGGGCUUCCGAGAUCAGCAGUAACAUUAUUUCUAGGGUUUCUUUUGCUGAAUCUGAACCCAUCAGCGAGGGCUCGGUUUGUGGUGGAAAAGAACAGCUUGAGGGUGACAUCUCCAGAUAGCAUCAAGGGCACACACGACAGUGCCAUUGGUAACUUUGGGAUUCCUCAGUAUGGUGGUAGCAUGGCUGGGACGGCGGCGUACCCCAAAGAAAACCGAAAAGGUUGUCGCAAUUUCGAUGAAUUUGGUAUUUCGUACAAAUCCAAGUCCGGUGCUUUGCCCACCUUUCUUGUGGUCGAUCGUGGAGAUUGCUUUUUUGCUUUGAAGGUUUGGAAUGCCCAAAAUGCCGGUGCAUCUGCUGUGCUUGUGGCAGAUGACAUUGAGGAAGCAUUGAUAACCAUGGAUACGCCGGAAGAGGAUAUUUCUUCUGCAAAGUAUAUUGAGAACAUAACAAUACCGUCUGCACUAAUCGAGAAAAGUUUUGGUGAAAAAUUAAAGAAAGCAAUUAGUGGCGGGGAGAUGGUAAAUGUUAAUCUUGAUUGGAGAGAAGCUGUUCCUCACCCAGAUGACCGUGUGGAAUAUGAGUUAUGGACCAACAGCAAUGAUGAGUGUGGGUUUAAAUGUGACAUGUUGAUGGCGUUUGUGAAGGAUUUUAAGGGUGCAGCUCAGAUUCUUGAUAAAGGUGGCUAUACUCAAUUUACACCCCAUUAUAUAACUUGGUACUGUCCUCAGGCCUUCACAAUAAGUAAACAGUGCAAGUCCCAAUGUAUUAAUCAUGGAAGAUAUUGUGCUCCUGAUCCUGAACAGGAUUUCAGCAGGGGUUAUGAAGGGAAAGAUGUGGUUCUUGAAAACUUAAGACAGCUAUGUGUGUUUAAAGUGGCAAAUGAGACCAAAAAGCCCUGGGUAUGGUGGGAUUACGUAACUGAUUUCCAAAUUAGAUGUCCCAUGAAGGAAAAGAAGUACAACAAGGAAUGUGCUGAUAAUGUUAUCAGAUCUCUAGGGCUUGACAUUAAAAAGAUUGAGAAGUGUAUGGGAGACUCAAAUGCUGAUACUGACAAUCCUGUUCUGAAAGAAGAGCAAGAUGCUCAAGUUGGGAAAGGAUCGCGAGGUGAUGUAACAAUACUGCCUACCCUUGUUGUCAAUAAUCGACAGUACCGAGGAAAGUUGGAGAGAGGUGCUGUUUUGAAAGCCAUUUGCGCCGGUUUCGAGGAAACUACUGAGCCAGCUGUUUGUUUGAGUGGUGAUGUAGAGACAAAUGAAUGCUUGGAUAAUAAUGGUGGUUGCUGGCAAGAUAAAACAGCGAACGUCACUGCCUGCAAGGAUACGUUUCGUGGGAGAGUGUGUGAAUGCCCCCUGGUUGAUGGUGUGCAGUUUAAGGGAGAUGGUUAUAGCACCUGCCAAGCAAAUGGUCCUGGGCGUUGCAAGAUCAAUAAUGGAGGUUGUUGGCAUGAAACACGAAAUGGACACGCAUUCUCUGCUUGUGUGGAUGUCGACAACGGUAAAUGCAAGUGUCCUGCAGGGUUUAAAGGUGAUGGUGUCAAAAGUUGUACAGAUAUUGAUGAAUGCAAGGAGAAGAAAGCAUGUCAGUGCUCUGAAUGCAGCUGCAAGAAUACCUGGGGUAGCUAUGACUGUAGUUGUAGUGGAGACCUUCUGUAUAUCAGGGACCAUGAUACCUGCAUAAGUAAGAAGGCGGCUGAAGUGAAAUCUGCAUGGGCUGCUGUCUGGGUCAUUCUGAUAGGUUUGUCCAUGGCUGCUGGUGGAGCAUAUCUUGUUUACAAAUACAGAUUGAGGUCAUACAUGGACUCAGAGAUCAGAGCUAUAAUGGCACAGUACAUGCCUCUGGAUAGCCAGGCUGAAGUUCCAAAUCAUGUCAAUGAAGAUCGUGCAUGAAAACGGAACUUCUUUGUUUUUUUUCCAAGAAUUUGGAUGAGGGUAGGAGUCCUACAUACGUGGAGCCAAAGAUUUGGAAGGCAGAACUAAAAUAUCUUUGUAAAAUAUUUUGGACAAUAAGAUAUUGCAAACCCAAGAUUGUCCUGAUAUUUAUUUAGAAUGUAACAUGUGGAAUUGGUAGGGAUUGUAUUUGGGACAGAUAAAAAUGAUUGGGCUGUAUUCUCUUGAGUUUUUGUUUCCAUCCACUAAAAAUAUAUAUAUAUUGUCCACUGAUUUAAAUUC